AUGCCACAGACGUUUUUGAACAUAAUAAGUUCUUUGUAUUUUCAGACUUUCAGACGUGUGAGAGAUGCAGAGAGCUAUUCAAAACCUUCCGUAAACAAAACACGUCUUGUCGAUCUCGAAUAUGCAGACGAUAUUGUUCUGGUCUUGGGAGAGGUAUUUCCGGAUGAACUGACCAAAGUCAUCCAGUUCGUUGCUUUGCAAUUCGUACCCACAAAGUGUAAAGUCAUGCGGCUGGACUUGUUGCCAUUGGACACGCUACUCAAAAUCCAGGGACAGGCACUCGAAAUUGUGGAGCCUAGCCAAUGCAAGGCUCCGGUCGCGUUUGCUAAUGAGGUAACUAUGUUGUCAGAGUGGUGUAUCUCUGAAUCUCAAGGGAUUUGUGUUUCAGGCUACACAACGGGAUGUUUUUGUAUGGCUGUGGAACUGGCUUGUUUGAUCAGCGGAACUGGGGCAUCUUCAGUUGCAGCUAGAAAGGGCGCUUUCGGUUGUGCAACGGGUACUCCCAUUGAAGAAUGUGUCCAGCACCAGAAGCUGUGUUGGUUGGAACAUGCGUUGCCUAUGCCACAUCAUCGUUUGCCGAAGAGAAUGCUGUUUUCCAUGCCCGUUUCAGAGUGGCGUAAACAGAGAGGUGACCAACCCUUGACUUUGCAGAAGAGUAUGAAGGAGAUCACGGAACGCUUGGGUGCUGUCGGUGCUACUCCCCUUCCAAAAUGGGGACCGCGUGAUCCUCACUGCGCCUGGUUGGAGACGCUGCAAGAUAUGGCUGCCACCCGAUGCCAGUGGCGUUCUUGUUUUGAUGAUACGGGUAUCGUGUAUCAGUUGCAGUUGGUUUUCAGCCAGUUGCAACUUAGCAACUGUGGUGUGGUAGACCCAGGCGGAUUGAUUGAAGCGCUUCGUCUUUGUGAAGAGGAGCAACAAGACGCACCUGAGUUUCAUUGUCUGUUCAUGCAUCUGCUUGAGUCCCGGUUUCAGGAGGCGGGACUCACGGUGGUGGACGAUCUUCUACGGGGUGAAUAUCCGUCGAAAUUUCUUGAACUGUCCCUGAAAGUUUCCUCCAAUACAUUACAAGGAUGCAUCCGCGAUCAUCUGAAAGAGGAGCCGCUCACGGGUGAAAAUCAGUAUGCCUGUCCGCGAUGUUCUCAAAAACGGGACGGUGUACGGUCCACUUACAUCACCAAGGCCCCUUCGUUAUUGUGCAUCCAGUUCCUCCGGUUUACUUACGAUCCGAGAACCAGUCAACGGAAAAAGCAGAAAGCUGCUGUGCGUCUCCCGGAUGUGAUCGAACUCAUAGAAUUCGAUGACGAAUCAGGUGAUCCAACGGUUGAGCACCCCUGCUCAGUUAAGUGUUUGGCUCACCAGUAUGACACUAAUGGGCCACGGAAGUACCGACUUCGAGGUGUGUUGCUGCAUAUUGGAAAACAACCAACCUCUGGUCACUACGUUGCUGUCGUUCGUGAAUCUGGUAGCCCGAAUGAAUCGAAGGAAUCGUCGGAAACGAGACAAGGGACGGAGUUUUGGACAGUUUGUAAUGAUAUGGAGGUUUGUACCAUCCCCGCGGAAAAGUUCAACCUAUCCAAAGUCAACGGGUCCACGAAAGCGUUACAAGCUCUCCUGAACAGUAAUCCAAUAAAACUGUCACCUGAAACGGAUGAUGCUUCAACCUCCCUGAAUGGUCCCAAUGCUAGACGAGCGGCGAAAUCCCGUGGUCCACAUAUCAAGAAACGUCGUCAAGAUUUACUCAAUGCCACUGCAGCGGAGGAUUCUGAUUUGUCUGCAUGCCAGUCGGAACCAGAGGUCGGGGACCAAGAGUUUUUUGAAGGUGCAGCUGUCAAUGGUACACAGGAGAACCAGCGUUGGUAUUCCUCGUCUAACGCCUACAUGGUUUUUUACGAGUCCAUUGACGAGCAAUCCGCCGAGCCGAUUGUUUGCAUUCCCGAUCACCUGCGUCAACUGGUUGAAGAUGUCAAUUCCUCCAAACGCGAAGAGUUGUAUGCCCAGCAGUCUGCCAGGUCCAAGCAGUUGUCGGCACUUCGCGAACUACUACAGGAUAUCUGGCCACCAGACUUCAAUUCAGAAUCACUAACCCCAGAUACACUCAAGUCUUUCUCACUUGUGCCUACUCAGUGGUUGAAGGAGUGGCUCAGUAACCCUGAGCAGGCGGCCCCUGACCUACCUAAGCAGCCAGAUACGUCCGGCGCAAAUGUGGGAACUUCAAACGGACCAAUCUCCUGUAUAUUUCCCUUUUGUGAACAUGGACGGGUUCCAAUUGACUUGGACAGUUCAACAUAUCGAGCAGUAUCCACUGCCGGUCUUCGAAGGAGAUUAGCUGAUAGCAUCUCAACUCCAUCACCUACCGAUUCCAAUGAGAAGCUGGACCAAACGCUACAGUGUCUUCAACCUUGCCGUGACUGUAUCUGUCACAAAAUGGCUCUGUUCCAGCUGGAACAGGCCAUCCGCACACUUUCCAAAGAAUUAGAUGCCUUUCUUCGUGGCAAGUCAGUUCCUCAGGUACCUCUUGCUACCACCGGAACAUGCAGUUCUCCCGUAGAGUCGUCAGAAGAACAGCCAAUGUACUACUGGGUCGGAAGACGUUCACUUCGUCAAUGGCGCAGCAUGGCUCGUGAUUACGUUAGUAGAAUGUAUGCCGCUGUGCAAACACUUGACCAACAGAAACCUCCUAACACAACAUUCAAUUCCGAUGCUCUCUGCUCCCACGGGAAACUGCGUUACAGCUCAAAACAUCUUCGCUGCAUUCCAGCAGAGUUAUGGCAUUCUCUAGUCGCCUUAUUUCCCGCCGCAGAGACCAUCCCUAAUUUUCCAGCGAUACCCGUUACUAGCCAAAAGUGCCCGGAUUGUGAACAGUUGGAACGAAAUGUAAUGGAGAGAGCAAGCCGAGAGCGCCAAAUGCUGUCCAACUUACUUUUACCCUCAUCUCGGCGGCAGCUAACGCCUACACUGGACCGAUUUCCUCUGGUAGACGAGUCCCUGCUUGCUCACGUCGUCAUACGCGAUUGUCUUUCCUCGCGAGAGAACCAAAACAGCUAUCUUCAUAAAGUUGACUCGAUGCCAUCCGAAAAAGCGUCUCAACCUUCGUCUGAAACAACCAACGAGAUCCGAAUCCCGAAGGGUGAACAGGAAAUCAGCCAACCUCCUCGACUUGCCGUUUACCUCGUGCCGACAGAAUUCCUUAAUCGGUGGAGACGUUUUGUGAAAAAUCCCCAACCAGAAACGGCACCUGAUCAUCUACCUUCCGGAUUGAAUGGAAAUGGUGUGCUGUGUGAGCACGGCAAGCUUACGCGACCUUGGUGGGAGAUGGUUUCAGAUUCGAUCCUCUCUCCGUUGUCCACGUACGAAUGGAAUGUGUUUCGUCAAUUUUAUCCUUCGAUCGGCUCCAUGGACUGCUCAAAUCCACAGAUAGACUCUUCUGAAUCAGACGAAGAUGAAAAUACAACAGGUUCGAACGCUCGAAUCGCUUUUCCGGACCUGUUUGUGCUGCCUAGUGCAGAAAGCAAAGAGGAAUGGUCAUUGCGUCCAGCCGACUAUGCCAGUGUGUGUACCGAAUGCUAUGCACAACUGGUGGCCCAGCGAAAUAGCUACAAAAACGCCCGAAUUCGGGUUCGCCUCGUGUCUGGUUUCGAAGAAGCCUACACUGCAUGGUUAUUGGACCCGCAAUCCGGUGAAGACGUUGUGAUAACGGAAACACAGAAUGAACCAAUAAAUCAUCUCGAGUCCACCCCGCAUCAGCUUGUGACCAUAAGCGAACAGGACGCUCCGGCCGAGAUCUCAAGCAGGCUACCUGAAACAGUCCCUACUGAGCGAACUUUCGAUGGGGCGUCACAAGCAGAAUCAUCCUUCGCUUACCAAAACGCAAAACCCUGUGUUGAAAAGCACAUGGGCCGAAGGCGCUCAAAAACGGCGAAGCUUGAACAACCGUUUGUUCGACGAUCAAACCGACAGCGACUCAAUCCGAACGACACUGUGGUGUAUGGGAGCAGUGACGAUUCUUUGCAACAAAUCAAAGUUCAGUUGAUGCAGCUGAUUGGAGUCACUCCUUCGGACCAACAUUUGUUUUAUCGAGGUGUGGAGUUAUCGGACCACUCAAAGACAUUGCAAGAUCUAAAUGUAUAUGCAGACAGUCUGUUAUUCCUAUGGACCGACUCUCCCGUAUGGACUGGUGGGGUAGAGAAUUCCUCUAUGUAUAAACCUUCGUCUACCCCAGAAUCCACCAGCAAGACAGUGACGCUGCCAAGGAACACAACGUGCAAGCCAAACAUAGGGCCUGUUGAGCUCGGUUUCAAGGGCACUCGUCUGUUGGAAAACUGAAGUCCUACUGAUCUGCCAGAUCCCGCGUUUUUUACACCCGGAGCAUCCAGUGUACAUUAUUUUUACUUUCUGUUCGUUUUGUGAAUAGGAUCCAUCAUAUUUUCAGAUGUUAUUAUGACAGCAUUCACUUGCCCCCCAACCCGCUUCCCCCGUCCUCCGAUAUGACAAAGAUUUCACCCAUCCUAAUGUUUGGUCCCUCCUACUCUCGAUCCAGAUGUGUCAUAAU